AUGGAGAAGGGAGAAAGACAAAAUAACGAAACUGAAAACAAAUCAGAAUACAAAAACUUUGUAACAAUUGGAACUGGAAAUAAUUCAAAUCAAAUAGUGGGAACAACAACAUUAAUACCUCAAACAACAACCACAAUAUGUGGACAAGGAUUGGCAACAGGAACAACAACAACAACAAUACAAUUUCCUUCAUCAUCAUCUUUAAGUUCAAAUGAAUUUAAUUCAUUAACAAUAACAAAUUCAGAUAGUUGUAGUAUAAGUAGUUUUAAUAGUAUUAAUAAAUCAAUUAAUGAUAAUAAUAGUCAAACAUCAAGAUCAUCAAGUACUGAAAAUAGUCCAACAAAAAAUGCAACAAAAACAACAAUUAAUGAAAAUGAUACAAUUGGAAUUUCUACAAGUAGUAAUGCAGUAGCUGCUGCUGUUACUACUACAACAUCAUUAAAAUCUUUUAAUAAUAUUAAAGAUGAAUUACCAUUAAUACCAAAUUCAAAUUCAUUACAAAAUGAUUAUAUAAUUUGUGAUUCAACAAGUAAUAUUGGCAAUAAUUUAAAUCAAAAUAAUGGUACAUCACCAGAUGAUAUUUUGACAAAACCGGAAUUUACUUCAAGUAUGUUAAAAAAUUUACCGGUAAGACAAAAGAAAAGUGUUAUACAACAUAUGGAUAAUUAUUGUUUAUUUGAUCCAAGUGUUGAUUUUAUUAAUGAAAAAUCAUUAAGUACAUCUGGUAUUGGUUUAAAUAGUAAUAUUGGUGGUGGUUGUAAUAAUAGUGGUGCGGCAAGUAUUAUUAGUAGUUAUUGUACUACAAAUAAUACAAUUAGUAGUGGUUGUGUUAAUAAUACAUUAAUAAGUUUAAGUAAUGAUUAUAAGCUUCCAUUAGAUAAUCAUCAACAUUCAAAUUUACAAUGUUUUCCAAUAAAUUCUUUGCCUUAUAAUAAUGAUAAUGAUUUUGUUGAAGAAAUUAUAUAUGAUGAAACAGCUGAUGCAUAUUCAGCUGGUAGUGAUGAAGCUAUUUAUACAAAUAUAUUAAAAAAUGGACAUCAUAUUCAACAACAGCAACAACAAAUAUCAUCAACAUCAAUACAAUCUUCAACAUCAUCAUCAGCAACAUCAACAACAUCAAGUGUUGAUGAUCAGAAUUUAACAUCAUCAUCAUCAUUGGCAACAACAGAAAAUUUAUUAAAUGAACAAGAUAAAUUACAACAGCAAGAAGGAGAGCAACAACAACAUACAAUACCAAUUGAAUCAAAUUGUAUUUUAUUUAAUACGGGUCGAAUUUAUAAUAUUAAUAAUCAAUAUAAAAUACGUAAACCAAGACCGUUGUCAACAAAUAGUGAUGCUGAUAGUGGUUUUUUAAGUCCAAAUUCACCAGAUGAAUUGAAAUUCAAUCCAGCUUUAUUGAUGUUAGAACAAUGUGAUAGUAUUCAAGGAUAUAUUGAGCCAUUUGCACCUUUAACAUUACAACAGCAAACUGCAGUAUCACAACAUAAUACUUUCGAUAAACAGUCGCAAUAA